AUGAAGAGAGAUGGAGACAUUGCUUCUAUGUUUCAGAAACAAGCUGCAAAGAAACGUGCUUGUUCAACUCCUGUUGUGGAAGAGCAAAAUCAAGUGGAAGAGGAGAUUACGAUCAUUGAAGAAAUUGUUGAUCCUUCCGUAACAGAAGCAACUGAAGAUGUGAUUGCUGCUGCUGUAGAACCAAAUCCUUCAGGUUACGAUGUUGAUCGCCUUCCACAUGAUCCAGGUAAAAGGUUGCCCAUUUCAAAUUAUCAUACUAAUGAUCAGGAUGCAGUCAGGAGAGCAUACAUUCUUAGAGGGCCAUUCCGUCCUUAUACUCAUGAGUUUCCAAAAAGGAAAAUUGGAGAUAGAGAUCGUAAUUUCACAUGUAUAUGGUUUGCCAAAUAUGAUUGGGUUGAAUAUAGCAUCAAGAAGGAUUCCGUGUUUUUCUUUGUGUGCUAUUUGUUCAAAAACAAAAAAUACAAGGGUAAAGGAACAGAUGCAUUUAUUAUAGAUGGAUGGAGAAAUUGGAAUGUAGGAGAUACUUCACUUUUGAAGCAUCAUAAAUCUAAGGCACACAAGGAAGCUCAAGAGAAGUACAUUGGCUAUAUGAAUCCUAAUGCAGCAAUUGAUAAUAAAAUUGAGAAGUGGAGUGAUGAAGAAAUAAAGCAUUACAAGAUCAGAUUGACUUAUUCGCUAAGAUGUAUCAAGUUUCUUUUGCAUCAAGGGUUGGCUUUCCGUGGACAUGAUGAAAGUGAAGAGUCUAGCAAUAAAGGCAACUUUAUAGAAUUGUUGAAAUUUCUUGCAACAAAUAGUGAAGAAGUGAACAAGUUUGUGUUGAACAAUGCUCCAGGUAAUUGCUCAUUAACUAGCCCAAUGAUCCAGAAACAAAUUAUUUCAUGUUUCGCCAUAGAGACUAGAAAGAAAAUAAUUGAAGAGAUUGGUGAAGAUCACUUUGCUAUCUUAGCUGAUGAAUCUAGUGAUGUAUCACAUAAAGAACAACUAGCCCUUUGCUUACGUUUUGUUAAUAAAUUGGGAAGACCAUGUGAGCACUUUAUUGGAGUAGUUCAUGUAGAUGAUACUACCUCGUUAUCACUUAAGGAAGCAAUUGAAGCUGUAUUUGUUAGUCAUGGUUUGACUGUAACUAGCAUCCGUGGUCAAGGCUAUGAUGGGGCUAGCAAUAUGAAAGGAGAUAUUAAAGGGCUAAAAACAUUGAUCAUGCAAGAGUCACCUUGUGCUUAUUAUGUCCAUUGUUUUGCACAUCAACUCCAACUAGUUCUUGUUGCCGUUGCUAAGGAUAAUACUGAUUGUGUAUGGUUCUUGGACCAAGUGUCUCUCUUGCUAAAUAUUGUUGGAGUUUCAUCUAAGCGUCAUGGGAUGCUUCGAAAUGCUAGACUUGAGAGUAUCACGAAAGCACUUGAAUGUGGGGAACUCAAUAUUGGGACAGGAUUGAAUCAAGAGAUGGGGUUGGCUAGGCCUGUUCCUGAUAUGGAGGAUAAUUAUGUGCCUUAUGGAAGAUCAAGAAGGUUUGUCCAAGACCAAAUAAAUGAUGAUCACUUCAGAAGAGAGGUAUACAUCGGGGUUAUUGAUAAAAUCAGUCAAGAGCUUGAUAAUCGGUUUGAUGAGGUUAAUAUGGAGUUACUUUCUUGUAUGUCUGCCCUCAACCCAUCCAAUUCAUUUGCAUCAUUUGAUGCACAGAAGGUAUGCCAACUUGCUGAAUUCUAUCCUAAGGACAUAUUUGGCUCCGAAUUGCUAAAGCUUGGAUUGCAACUUGAUACCUAUAUUGAUGUCAUGAGACAAGAUGAUAGAUUCAGUGGUCUGGAAAACCUUGUUGACCUCUCAGUUAAGCUAGUGGAAACAAAUAGGCACAAAGUUUAUGAUUUGGUUUAUUUGCUUAUCAAAUUGGUAUUGAUUCUACCGGUGACGACGGCAAGUGUUGAGAGGGCAUUUUCUGGAAUGGAUUUUGUCAAAACCAAGCGGAGAAACAAAAUGACUGAUAAUCUCUUAGAUGAUUGCCUUGUUACGUUCAUUGAAAAAGACAUUUUGGAUGAAGUAGAUGAAGAUGAUGUAAUCAAGACUUUCAUGUCUAUUAGAAAGCGUAGGCCCCAAAAGUAA